AUGAAAGUGUUAGCUGCUUUAGUCCUGUUGGCCACUGUUGCCGCUGUUUAUGGAACCGCAGGACUUGGAAUCGGUGGUCUUGGACAUGGCUUAGGUGGAAUUGGUGGAUUAGGUGGUCACGGACUCGGUGGAUUAGGUGGUCACGGACUCGGAGGAUAUGGUGGAUUAGGUCACGGACUCGGAUAUGGUGGAUUAGGUCACGGAAUCGGUGUUGGAAAGGGUAUCGGAUAUGGUGGCAUCGGUCAUGGAAUCGGUCAUGGACUCGGAUACGGACUCGGAGGUUAUGGAAAGCAACUCGGUGGUCUUGGUCAUGGAAUCGGAUAUGGACUCGGAGGUUAUGGAAAGCAACUCGGUGCCUACGGAGGUGGUUUAGGACAUGGAAUCUACGGUUAA